UUAUUUGGGGUGCUAUUUUCUGCAUGCCCCUCCUCUUCUUCCCAUCAUCCAAUAUUCUACUCACUUAAUACUAGAAAAAAUUUUGAACGCUAAAAUUCUUGGUUGACAAUAUUGACCACCGAAAACCAAGGGAUUCUCAAUCUUACUACGUUGUACUUUUCUUUUUCUGCGUCAUCACCUUAACCUCGUACUGCAUCACUGAUUUUUCCGUUGUUUGUUUCAGUUUUCAUUUUUAUUUAAUAAUUGUCAUUUUUCUGAGAGCAAAUCCAAAUUUCACUACCAUGGAAAGAAACAAAAAUUGUUUAGUAGUAGGAGAUAAUAAUCCUAUGGAGAGUGCAAAUUCCAAGGCUGAAAUCUCUGUCUUCAGCUCAAGUUUGUUCCUGGAUAACGUCGGGGAGGUUGUUUUGACCCUCAAUCCUUCUUCUGAUCAAUUAUAUUGGCAAUCUGUUGAUCCCCUAGAUCAUGGUAGAUCAUGUUGCGGUCUCUUUUCAAACUCUGAUUCUGCACUUAAAAUUUCUGACGUAUACGGUGUUGAGUUCAUUGAUUAUGGUAUCGUACAUGAGUCUGCUCUUACAAAUGCUGCUGGAGGGUGUCUUUCGGGUCGUCCAACUGAGAUGUACCGAUUUAAAGUGUAUGGGGUUCAGAAAUCUAAAACCUACCCUUCUAUCUGGGCUCCAUCUAUUUAUACUUUUGGUCAUUCAGAUUCCCGGACAUGUUGCAUGUGGGUUAACCGGAUCAAUGCUUCUCUAGACAUGGAAGCAGACAGACCUAAGAACCUUCUGGUUUUUGUUCAUCCAAGAAGUGGGAAAGGAAAUGGAUGUAGAACAUGGGAUGCUGUGGCUCCCAUAUUCUCUCAAGCUAAUGUGAAGACAAAGGUCAUUAUGACAGAGAGAGCUGGACAUGCUUUUGAUGUACUAGCCUCGAUUACAAACAGGGAGCUGGAUUCAUAUGAUGGUGUUCUAGCUGUUGGUGGUGAUGGGUUAUUUAAUGAGAUCCUCAACGGACUUCUUCUUUCUAGGCAUGAAGUUCCAUGUCCCUCACGGUCCAUGGAUUUUGAAAAUUAUGUUGACAAUGGUUGCGAAUUGUCAGUUCAUGAGGCAGUUGGAAACUUAGAGGAACCUUCCGAUCCUUGUGAAGAUGAUUCUCCUCUUCUGAUGAACAUAGGACAUAGUAGAACGCAAGUCUCAAAUCUCCGAUCUGAAGCUGAUCUAUGCCACACAGAGCAUGAUAGCAAGUUUUCUUUUCCCCACGAGCGGUUCAGAUUUGGAAUUAUUCCAGCAGGAUCCACUGAUGCCACUGUGAUUUGUACAACUGGGGGUCGAGAUCCUGUGAUGUCUGCAUUGCAAAUUGUCCUUGGUAAAAGGUUAUGCCUUGAUGUAGCUCAAGUGGUGAGAUGGAAAACAACAUCUACAUCAAAGGAUGAACCUUAUGUACGCUAUGCAGCCAAUUUUGCUGGAUAUGGUUUUUAUGGCGAUGUAAUUAUGGAGAGCGAGAAAUACCGUUGGAUGGGUCCAAAGCGGUACGAUUAUGCUGGUACAAAGGUGUUUCUUCAACACAGGUCCUAUGAGGCAGAAGUGGCAUAUGUACAAGUGGAAUCAGAAAAAGCCAGUGUUCGUCCUGAAAGAGGUCCUUGGUCUCGUAAGAUGAAAGCACUGAUGGGCCUAUCUGAUCCAUCUACAAAAGGGACUUGUCGUGCGAAUUGCAGCGUUUGUAAUGAAAAGCCAAUACAAUCAUCAGCAAAAUCUGCCAGCAUAGGACCGUACAAAGGAGAAUCAAAAUGGAAAAAGUCCAAAGGGCGUUUUCUGAGUGUAGGUGCUGCUGUGAUUUCCUGCCGAAAUGAAAGAGCACCUGAUGGUCUGGUUGCUGAUGCACACCUUUCAGAUGGUUUCCUGCAUCUUAUAUUGGUCAAAGAUUGCCCACGUGCACUUUACUUACGUCACCUGACCCAGCUUGCAAUGAAGGGUGGUAAUCCCCUAAAUUUUCGGUUUGUUGAGCACCAUAAAACCACUGCUUUCAUGUUCACUUCUUUCGGGAAGGAGAGCGUAUGGAAUGUAGACGGUGAGAUUUUACAAGGGCAUCAACUUUCUGCUCAAGUAUAUCGAGGCCUUGUUAGUUUAUUUGCUACUGGCCCUGAUUACUUGUAAUGAGUUACAAACUUACAAUGUAUUAAUACCUUCUUGUAAAAUUUUGUAGCAUAGCUUCCUCAAGGGUUCUAAUUUUGUUCCCCCGUUUUGUGAAGCUUCUACUCAUAAUUUAUGAAAUCAUUGCUCUUGUAAGCCAAUUGUUA